CUUUCAGUGCGCAAUAUUUCAAUAAUUUUCUUAAUAUUACAGGUUUAUAUGCCAAAAUGAUCAUUCCCGUGCGUUGCUUUACCUGUGGGAAAGUUAUUGGCAACAAGUGGGAGGCAUACCUUGGGCUCCUACAGGCAGAAUACACAGAAGGUGACGCCCUGGACGCCCUCGGCCUGAAGAGGUACUGCUGCAGACGAAUGCUGCUAGGCCACGUGGAUCUGAUCGAAAAACUUCUCAACUACGCGCCCUUGGAGAAAUAGUUUGUUUAAUUAUGUUAUUAGUUUUAAGCAAGUUGAUUGUAAGAUAUGAAAUAUAUUUUUAAGGCAA